AUGGAAGUUCCUGGCGAUCGCAAUACUUGCUACCGCAGUCAACGGUGCCUCCUGCUGUCCGAGGAUGCCCGCAAUCUGGCCAAUCCGGCUCCCCUGCUGAGGCGCUGUCCGUGCGUCCCGAUCAACACCUGUUACGCCCAGGGCGUCAGUCUCAACGAGCAGGACUUCCUCAACACCCAUUUCGAAUGUCCCGAUUACACCCAGAACCACUGCUGCGGGCCGUACUUCCCGACGCUGGGCAGCGAGGAUUUCUACUUUGACGACCCGGCCCAGGGAAAGCUGCUGCUUGCCGAAGCGACCAUUCCGGGCUUUUCCAACACUGGCGAACGCGUCAUGAUCGUGAUGGCGCAGAAUAACGUCACGACGCCGGAAACGAGCCCUCCUGUCAUCGUGACGGUCUUGCCGGAAACGACCACGACGGAAGUCGCUACCACAACGGAAGUUGAAGAUGUUGGCAGUACAACCGUGGAAGUUGAAGCGACGACGAUGAGCGAGGCAGUUACGGAGGAACCGGAAAUUGUGACGACCACAACCACGACGGUCAAACCCAAGUUGCGCCUGCCGAAAACGCACUCCCGAAGGGUUCUGCCGCGCUUCGAGCGAAAGUCAACGCGCGGUUCAACGACGACAACGACGGAAUCUUCCACUACAACCACAAGUUCCAGUACGGCGACCACGGAAUCGCUGCGAAGACUUCCCCGACGCGGCGAGCCCUGUACAGGUCGGAGUUUCGGCAGCGGCUCAUAG